AUGUGUGAUUUGCUUCCUGUAAGUAAUCAAGCGACAAGGCGUCGUUUCUAUGGGAACAUCCACCUCCAAAAUAGCGGAAUGUUUGCGCAACAACCGCAUCAACAUCACAGUAUCUGGUCAUCCGGUGCAGUUCAGCCAUAUGGAGGCUCUGCGGGCGUUUUGCCGACGAUGAGCAGUCUACUCGGCGGCAAUGCAUCAUAUCUACCAAAUCAUCAACUAGAACUACAUCAACCAAAAGCUGAAUCGAUCCAAGGUUACGGUCAAUUGACAUGGUUAUCUGGCAAAGCUGGUCUGAUCACAUGCAAAAACAAAAUGGUCAUUUCAUUCCAGAUAAAAGAUUUCUGUGAUCAGAUGCUCACAGAUCUGACGUCAGUUCUACGCGUUGGCUUUACUCUUUCCUUCCAAGCAUCACUCAACGAAACCAACGAAUACACAGCAACACUAGUACAUCCACUUUAUGGACCUGAGGCCGAGCAAGUGUUUAUGAAUGCACCAGAAGUUGAUCUAGAAAAGGCUUGUCCUACACCACCAAAUUCGAAGGAUGCUUACUCGCCAGGAAUUGAAGCCAGAGCAAUACCAGCGCUCUUAGCCAUUUUUCAGCGUCAUGCCCUCACUCAGAUUCAGUUGAGCAGCUUGCACUCGCAAAUGUCAAACUGUGCAGACGACGAACUUUUUCGUUAUGUGGGCACUUCGUCACUGAAACGACGUCAAUUUGUUGAGCGUCGUACUCAUCUGUUUCGCCUGACACCAGAAGAUAAUAUCGCAUUACAGAGCCCAGCUAUAUAUCUAUGUGUGCUUCGCCUUGCGUCCUAUCUUCUACGUCGUGGUGGCGCAACAGCCAUUCAAAGCCUCUACGAUUAUUUUGUUGGUCCCGAGAUGGCACCAGAAGUACGCGAACAGAUUGGAGAAAGUCGUCAGGAGUUUCUCAAUCUGGUCGUUAGCCAUCCAUGGAUAUUUGCAUUGUUCCCGAAUCGUACUUACGUGUCAGUGCGCCGCAACUUGCCUCAUUAUGAUUAUCCUGGUUUUAUCAAACAGCACUUUCCUGAUUUGGACGUGCUGCGCCCGUCAUCCGCUCGCGGCUAUGGUCCCCGUCCAAUUGCCCGUUCAUUGUCUGCCCACCAGCCUUUAGUCCAGGCUUUAUCGAACAAUCGCACUGCAGCUGUGGCCGGUUCGCUAGUACAGGCCGCUGGUCGUCCAGUGUCGCUUUGGGACGGCAGAAGCGCUAUCCCACAGACUAUUGGAGCUAUGCAUAGUCCAGCAGAACAGCAGUGGAGCCCAGUGGACCCAAUGUUCUCACCAGCUUGGCCCACUCGCGCUUCUUCCAUUGGAGAACGUAUCCUGGCCGCAGCUCCACUAGGUGCUGGUGGAGUGAUAGGAUCGGCUCCAGGUGGAACCAUCGGACAGAACAAAAUAAUGGUAAACGUGGGAGUGCAAACUGAUCCACCGCGUGCCGAUUCUGGAACUUGCACUUGCGGUUGCACGUGCGGCGGACGCGGAGGAAUGUCUCGUGCCAGCGGUGGCUCUGCUAGUCCACCAAGUUUGGACAGCAUCAGCCCAUCGCUGCACGACCGUGUUUCGCCACCAGUGAACGGGAAUAAUGGAGCUACAAAUGGCAGCGGUGAAACCGCCGAUGCUCCACCAACAAUGCGCGCAUACGAUCUUUUCGGUACAACCGAUCUCUUUGCGGCUCGUCUCGGUUCGAUGCGCAUUAACUAGCUUGUAUGCAGUAGAUAUAUUAGAAAGCGUACCUCCUCUAGUUCGCAGCCAAGUGUGCCUUUCCCACAUUGUGUAUGCUUUUCGUUACGACCAUUUGCUACUUAAUGUCCACUUAUAAUUGAACGUCAUACGUGUUUUGCAUCGUCUUAUGUGUAGUCGUAUAUCGUUAUUGAGCAGCAGCUGCAGCAAAGCAUGCUUUUGUCUCUUUUUCCUCUCUCCCCUAUAUGCCUUUGUGCCGUUCUGUUGGCGGGUAGUGCGCGAGCUUAUAACUUAGUCUGCAGGGCGCUCGCGACUGCGCACAUAUAUACUCAGAUCCCCCCACUAACUUCUUUCAUUUUUUUUUCGUAGCAAGUAAGCCGUUUUGUUUUGGCAUUCUCUAGUAGCUUUAUCCCCCGCAUACUAUCUUUAAUCGUCAAAAAGCUUGAUGCGCUCUUGUUUAUCGCAUGAGAAGCAUCAGGCAACCCCUUUAAUGUCCCACCUCGUCCCUAUAUUUCCCAUAUUGGCGCCUCUAGUCGCGGCCCUUUGCCAUGCCCUACGGGCAGUUUUCCCUGAUAUCACUUAUGUACACUUGCUCAUGAAUUACCGUCUAAUCGGUGUACCGUUGUGCUUUAGUCGUAUCUCAUCAUGGUUCUCCAAAAAACAUAUUUGAAACUUGCUUUUGAUUUAUAUGUGGCACAAAUUUGCCGUUAUUCUAGCAUGUAUACGUCGCGUAGCGUUGCCACUUCUAACCUAUUCAUCACAUCAUCAUCAUCAAAUCCAAGUGUCGAUCCUAUAGUCAUAAUGGAAUCAUCGUGUACUUGAACUGACGCUCAAUAUUUGUACGUUCAAACUUGCUCUCCGAAAUUACACCUAAAUCGUGAUGUGAGUCCUGCUCUGCAAGCAACGACUUAUCCGAUGGUGUCUGUCUGAUUACGUUGUUAAUGGUUCUAAUCAAUUAUUCGAACUUUCCGUGUGCGUUCUUUUUUUACGACGAUAUGUUGUAGUCUGCCAUAGCUGGCUUUCGCCCCGUUGUUCUAUCCAGGCAAAUGUGUUUUUCAUGGGUUUUGCGGACAUUGAAGCAGUUGGCCAAGCGCAGCCAGGUUAGCAUUUUAUUCGAUCCCAAAGUGCUACAAUUGCCACUGCUUUGAGAAAGCAAGCUCAGAAUGUUGUAUUUUUGUUUACAUUUCUUUCAUUCUGUUUUUCAUUGUAUUUGUAUUUACAUUUCAUUUAACUCAUUUUCGGUUGCAAUCGUCAGUGAUUCAUGCAUCAGGUACCUUAUCCAUAUUCGUGUAUUAGCCGGCGCGUGGGUGUGCAUCUGCGUCUCGAACGCUCUGGGGAUCGCCAAAUAUCAUUUAAAAAAAAGCAAAUUGCAACCAAAAAUACCUCUCAUUCUUUCCGUGUUUCCAUUGAUCCCGAGAUGAGGAGCGUUUGGGGUGACGAUGCAGGGCGCGUUGGUGUCUCGUGAUUGCUGGUCACACAGGGGAGUCACCCUACUGUGAUGAUAUUUGUAGUUAGAUGUCUUUCUAUUGUCUCGACUACGCGUUCAAUAUGUUGAUCUGGACAUAAUAGCUAUUACCGUGUUGAUAUAUGCCCUUGCUGAAAUGGGUAAAUUUCUCUCUUAUCGGCUCUGCCUUUAUAAAUCACUUGUCACUACAGUAUGUCGUUAGCUUUACGCAAUCUGCAGCG